CUAUUUCUUGCAAAACAAAAAAAGGAAAAGUAGUAAGCAAAAGAUCAAAGAAGAAAACAGAGCAUAUCUUCAACUGCUAGCUAUUUUGUUCAUCUUCUUCUCAAAAAAAAUGUUGGCCAUUUUCCACAAGGCUUUUGCUCACCCACCGGAGGAGCUCAACAGCCCUGCUUCUCACCAUGGUUCCAAGAAGCCUAAGCUGCCAGAAGAAACCCUCGAGGAGUUUCUCUCCCACCAUCCUCACAACAACUUCUCAAUGGGGUUUGGAGAUGCUGCCGUUCUUGCUUAUGUCAAACCAGACCAACCCUAUUCCCUAAAACAGAGGCUGUUCUGUGGUUUCGAUGAUAUAUACUGUCUGUUUCUGGGGAGCUUGAACAAUCUGUGUAUGCUGAAUAAGCAGUAUGGUCUGACAAAGAAUACCAAUGAGGCCAUGUUUGUGAUUGAAGCUUAUCGGACCCUCCGAGACAGGGGUCCGUACCCGGCUGACCAAGUUGUUAAGGAUCUCGAUGGAAGCUUUGCCUUUGUUGUCUAUGACAGCAAGGUUGGCAGUGUCUUCACUGCACUGGGUUCUGAUGGGGGAGUACAAUUGUAUUGGGGUAUUGCAGCUGAUGGUUCUGUGGUGAUUUCUGAUGAAUUACAUGUCAUAAAAGAAGGAUGUGCUAAAUCAUAUGCUCCGUUCCCAAAAGGUUGCUUCUUUCAUAGUGAGGGAGGAUUGAUGAGCUUUGAGCAUCCGAUGAAUAAGAUGAAGGCAAUGCCCAGAAUUGAUAGUGAAGGUGCCAUGUGUGGAGCUAACUUCAACGUGGACAAAUUCACUAGGAUCAACAGUAUUCCACGAGUCGGCAGCGAAGCAAACUGGAGUGCUGAGUGGACAUCACACUAAGACGACAAGUGACAUUGUGCCUACAGCGUGUCACUGUGACACCGCCUGAACUAAUUACUUGCCUGAACUUUUCUCUUAGUCCGUUCUGCUUAAUUUUCAGUUUGUAACAUUUGGACAAGUAUAAAUAAUGAAAUGAUUUUCAACAUCCGA